AUGGGUUGCGGCGCCAGUCUUCCCACCUCCAGCAGCGUGAGCAGCCUGCCUACCGCGGCCGAUUACCCAGAUUGCCCUCCCCCGCCCAUGCGGAGCCCCACGGGGACAACAGCUACUGGUGGUACGCUGUUAUCCUCCGGGAAAGGUGGUGGAGCUGUAGGAGAUGUAGUUGCACAUCAGCAGAAAAAGAGCAGCGGUGACAACUCGGGACCAAAACUCCGCAUUUUCAGCAUCAACGAUGUGUACAAGCUGGAGAAUCUGGCGAAGUUUCAAACGCUGUUGAAGCUUCACAACUGCAAAUCAACACCGACCACCGUGGAUUUGGUUACCCUGAACGGCGACUUGAUUGGCGGGUCGCUACUGUUUAUGCACUGCAAAAGUAUCGUACUCGUAGUAAUUGCAUUUAUGCAUAAUUACAAGUCUCUUUCUCAAGGUAAAUCAGCAUGUCAAAUUUAAUUUGUAAUGCUGAGCCAAUUUGUAAUGCAAUCCAAACUAGUACGAUACUUUUGCACUUCAUACUGUUCAACCUGGACAAGGGGAGAUCAAUCAUCGACGUUUGCAAUCAUCUGCAAGUGGACUACAUGUGCCUCGGCAACCACGAAUUCGACCACGGGUUGAAGGAGUUGGAAAACCGGGUGCUAGAAUUCCAAGGGAAAGCGUGGUUGAACACGAACGUGCGGUGUAGCUCACCGGUAUCCACCACUGUAAAUUUCCCGUACACGUACAAAUGCGGUCUCGGCAUGACAAAACUUGGCCUCGAUCCUAGUUUAGCAUGACAAGUUUUACCCUCCAAAUUGGUGAAGUUUGUGAUGCAUCCUUACCCUCCAAAUUGGUGAAGUGUUUGGGUGUGGUACGGGAAAUUUGUAUUGCAUAGCCGGACGGAGAAAAAGGAGCGGUUUUGAACAGCAUGCCGAGAUACGACAUUUUGGAAGUGGAUGUACCACAGCCAGGACCUUCUACUUCUAGCAAUCAUGGCACCACUGCUGCAAAGAAAUUUCGCAUCGGCCUGGUUGGCGUCUGCACGGCGGAAUCCCCGAGUCUCUCCCUGCAGGACCCAACGAAGGAGGGGGUGGAAUUUUUAGACCCCUUUGUGGAAACGCGAAAGAUCCUCGACGGCGUUUUUUUCUGCAACCAUCCGAGUAAGAAGCAGGUCGACGCUAUGGGUGUGUGGUCAGGAUCGAAAUCGUCAAAGUUGAAAUAAUUUGUAAUGCAGAAAUUGCAAGGCAUGACGCGCCUGUCUUGCCGGGAUGGCAAGUGAGGCCGAUUGUGAGCCUGUUUAGGGUUUGAAAUAGAGCUGCUAAAGUAGCAUGACAAAUUGGAAGAUUCCGGUGCUCGGAAAAUUUGUCAUGCGCCGCUUGAUAACUGGGUCGCCGAUUGGCAACCAUUUUAUGCAUGGCAAAUCGUUUGAACUUUGACGAUUUCAAUCCUGACGCAUCCAUAGACGCCGUUAUUGCCAUCACGCACCAAAGCAACGCGGACGACGAGAAGUUUCUAAAAGAGUUUCCAGAAAUCAGCUGCGUCCUGGGCGGCCACGACCACAUUCCGUGGCGGGUGUUUUGUGAUGGUGGUGCAACUCCUGAUAACGCCACCAGCAAGCGAAUCGCGGUGAAGGCGGGAUUGGACUGCGAGGCCGUGGACAUUGUGGAGUUUGAGUUUGGUUCCACCGGCUUGAAUUUUUCCGGCCACACCUUCGUCUCACUCGUCGGGCCGGCUGCGGAAAAUCUCCUCGAUCCGGAAACGGGUGCGGUUCUGCGCCCGAAGUAUUUUGACGACCCAGAGUUGCUGGAGAAAAUCAAACAGCACAAGAAAAUCCUCUCUCUGAACGACUUCGCGAUUCUGGAUUGGCGCGAUUACGAUACCCUUUUGACCGAGGUGAACACUGCCGCGAAACACGAAUCCGAUCCCUGGACGACCAAAAACAUCCGCUCCAAACAGUGCAAUUUCUACCAUUUGAUUGCGAAGUGGUGCAAGGAGGAACUUUGCGGACACUACCGAAACGAUAUGACAGUGCACAACUCGACGUCCCCCCGCUCAUUUGUCAUGCAAAAACCCAAAUCCAUUACCAGUUGCUAGUACCAGUACCUUGUGGCACCGCGUGCAUGACAAAUUCCGGAAAUCCAAACAGUACUACACUUUGCGCAUGAACUUGUCAUGCACAGGGUCCUCCUGUGCUGUUGUUCUUGUUUGUAAUGGUGUUGAUGCCAUACAUUACAAAUGAGGGGGAAGGGCAGUUGAAGUUGUGCACUUUCAUAAACGAGGCGGACGAAACCGGGAAACUGGCCUGGAGUAACUCCAUCAUGAUUGUCAACAGUGGGCAGUUUCGGGCCAACGUGAAUUACGACUACAGCGAGAAGCUGAGUUUUAUAGAAUGCAAAAGCAUCGUACUAGUAGAAAUCGCAUGACAAAUUCCCUGAGCAUGAAAAAUUGAAUUUGUAAUGCGGAUUUAUGUCAAGAAGGAGAUUUGUAAUGCGUGACUGCGAUUACUACGACUACGAUACUUCUGCAGUGGAUAAGUUUUACGGAUCUGCAGAAGGAGCUCGCGUUUAACAACAGACUAAUGAAGCUCCGGAUCGUCGGGAGGGAUGUCGCUGCUUUACUGCAAGAAUCGGAGGCGACCCGGAAGGGGCAGGGCGGGUAUUUGCAGUAUGACCCACGGAGCGUGGAGGUAGAAGUCACCGAAGAAGUGGGUGAUGCGCCUGCGCUUACCAUCAAAUCGAUCAACAACAUUCCGUAUCAAAUGCAAAUAUGUCUGGGUCUGGAGGAAUGCAAGUUUGUCAUGCUUAUCUGGCAUGACUCGAGAAUCUGUGUUGCAUAGGCACGCAAGAGCCCUCUUAACUGUCAUGCGAAAAGGCAGUUUUCCAUGCGGAAUACAUAAGACAUGGCAGCCACAAAAUUUGUCAUGCAUAGCUGCGUAUUGCGGCGCGGUUAUCAUUCACUUUUAGCAUUUUUAACCCAGACAUACUUGCAAUUCAUAUUCCGUUCAGUCCAGACACGGAAUACACGGUCAUUUUAGUCGUGAAAAUGCUGCAGGGCAUGGAUAACUGGGAGAUUCUGAAGCGGUAUGGGUUGAAAAUUGAAGAAGAGUUGAAACUGCCACUGAACAGCAUUCUGGACUCCGCCCCGGGCAUGUUGGACUUGUGCCUGAACCACCUGCUAAAGGAGAAGUGGCGUCAAUUGGUGAAACUGUUCGAGUCGACGGCGAAUUACAUGCCGAGUUUGACGAAAAGCUUGGCUAUGGCGAAAGUGGAAAUGCGAGACGAGGAAGCGACAGAAGGACGAGGCACAGCAACAACUACCAAAGACCUACCAACUGCAAACAUGUCUGGGUCCUCUGGAUGAGUGCAGAUGCCACCCAGAGCGUCUCUCUGGCAUACAGGGGCCAGUAAUAUCACAGGUCGUUCUUCGAGAGCUUCGUUCACGAGAAUGCCUAGUACUCUGCAUGAGAUGACAUUUGCUCUCACCAUGGCCAAAAGGAAACAACUUUUGAUGUACUUAAGUUUGUGCAAGAUCACAGAUUUUUGUGAUUUCGUGAUGUGGAACUGGAAUGCGCAUGAGCACAUGAUGUUGCAACCUUCGCCUUCCAGGAGACCCUGAAGACAUAUUUGCAAUGCAUAAGACAUCACGUUCGACGAUUUGCGCAAGGUGGCGUCGCAGUACGCGGCGGAGCGGCGGAAGUUGAUGGGAGGACAGAUGAUGAACCACACGGGAACAAACGAGGACGAAGAUGAUAUCCUGUGUGAAAACAUCCCCACCCCAUAGUCAAGUUGUUGGAAUCUCUGCAACACAGAUCCAGGAGUUCUGGGAGCCACGCAUGACACGUUGCACUCCGUAGUGUAGUGCAGGCUAGCGAGGACAGCCGCAUCACAAAGUAUCCGUCUGCUCAUCCUGUUUACAGUAUUACAAAUACCAAAACACGACUAAAAAUGCCCAUCAUGGGGAUGCGCAUCACAAAUGUUCCUGUCGUUGCAGAUCUGCAUGACAACUCUGGGGUGAUCGGGACGUUGUUGCACAGGAUAGAUGACGAAGAGGAAACGCUUCUCCUCCGGAUGAUGUUCGUAUGACAGUGCACAACUCACCCUCGUCCCCCUGGCCGUCAUUUGUAUAGCAUGAACGGCAAUACAACCAUCUCCAUCAGCAAGAAUGCCGGUUCUGCAUGGCAAAUGAUUUGCGCUGGAGUGUCGUGCUAUUAUUUGGACUACCAGAACUUAUCAUGAAAACAGUGCCAAGAGGCAAAGGGUGGACUCGGUAUUUUGCAAGACAAAUGAGGGGCGGGAGGGGGGGGGGUGGUGCACUGUCAUAAUUCGACCUGUUAGACGUGAAUAAGGACGGGGUCGUGGACCAGAAGGAGCUGGAGCAGUUGUGCAGCAGUCCGAAGCAGAGCCAACACCGGGGAACGGUGGUGGUGCAUCAUUCUUGAGGACGGGUUCUUGUCUGAUAUCUUGUGCUUCUGGAGAUUCGUACUGCUGGUCUGCGUUGAAGCCAUUUUCCUUUUACAAAUAGAAGUACUUACCACAGAAGUUUUUACAACUUACUACACCUCCACUUUCUCCCCAAUUAGAACCUAGUGCGCUCAAAGUAACUGAGCCCGUUCAUCUUGGGUCAUUUAUCGUUUUCCUUUAUUCUUGAUCUUGACAGACAGGAGGACGAGAGUAGACUUCAUACCUUGUUGUGUUGCUUCACCGACCGAGUUGUAGCGAGCUAUUUUUUUCUUGUCGUACUAAAAUGUUGGCAUUGUGGACCACGAAGAGCAAAACGAGCUGCAAGUUUGAUUACAAAUGAAAAUGAACACCAACUGAGGAGCUGGUAUCCGCGGAGGUUAAAAAUACAACUUCACCUGGAACUACCUUCGGCGGAAAAUUCGAAUUUGUUUACCAUCCGAAAGAACUUUCUGGAGGAGAUCGUGAAAGGACCACCUGUUGUUUUAGUUUCAUUCUUCACGUCGUG